ACCCAUUUUCUGUCAUGGCAUUCUGCAGAUCUGGGCUAAUUUAACACCCAGUCGACCCGAUUGUCGUCGCCCACAUUCCGCUCCCGUCAAACUCCAUAUUAGGGGGACUGACAGCAGUGUCGCACGAAGGGCUCAUCGAUCAGCUUCCCAAUCGUCGCACUGUCCCCUUCAUGUCUAUCUCGACGGCUUGUUCCUUGGAUUUGUCGAUUAGGGGCCCCACCACUACCUCCCCAUGACGUCCAAGUCGACGAUGCCGCUGCAGCGCAUUAGGGGUGCGCGCGAGAUUACGAUCGAUAGGAGUUGAACGGUAGUCACAGAGGUGCCUCAACAAGGGAGUUGGAUCUUCGUGCCUGUUUCUUGCGAUGCCUCGAGUGGUGGCCCAGUCUAGACCUGUUGCUUUGAUGUGAGGGAGUCCGGCCUGUUGGGUUGCGUGGAGUGUCGAGCCUGCCUAGCUGUUAAUUGGAUCAUCUCGACCAGGAUAUUUUAAAUGACCCGUUUUUGUGGACUGUGGAAUCGUAGAGGGUCCACGCGGGGAUUUUUGAAGAGGGGUUGGAAUUAUGGUCGUGGAGGGAAGUGUGUGAAGGAGAUCACCUCGUCUCGUUCCGGGAGUUGUGUCUGGAGCAGUGAGUAGGGUGCUCAUGGGGUUGUUGGAUCGAGGGCAUGAAUAUUGAUUGAUUUUCGUUCCUACUUGUGGCUGAUUCCUCUCAAACCGAAAACUUUCUCUCUUUCGACUCGAUUUCAUGGCCUUAGACUCCUCAUAACCUAGCGCUUCACGCAAUUUAAUAAUCGCGAGAUGGUUGGAACGCAGUGAGUGGAUCAUGGGUCUGUAAGAGCUUUUUAGCAAGACAACAGGGACGUUGCCGACGAAUAAUUCUCCAUGGGUACUCUUCAGUGUUAAGUCACACAAAAAAACUGCAUGCCAUACCACGCAUGUGCUCGUGCGUCCGCAGAUUACAAAAAAAAUCGAGGAGAAAUUGGUAAACAGCAGUGUUCGACACUCCAGGGAUAAUUAAUGGCGCAGCUGCAAGUUUUAGAGUAUGACCUACUGGCGAAGAAGACUAAAGCUCACCACUCUCUGAACAGUGGAAGGAUUCUGGUGGGAAUUUUAGCAGCAUGUCUGCUGUAUUUACCAUCGCAAGUGCAACCGGUACACUGCAGCUAUGGUAGUUCUAGCCUUCGGAAAUUUGGAGUACACCACCACAUGCCGCACUUGUCCUUCCCUGCCGCAGAUGGUGACUGUGUCAACGAAUGGAGGUUUGCGCACGGAAGAGCUCUCUUGCAGCAGGUAACGAAUGAGUCGAAUUUCAGACCAUUGGCACUCAGGGACAAUCGUAUCGAUCCAUUAGACAAUUUCAACAAGUACCGCGGGGGUUACGACAUCAAGAACAAGCAUUACUGGGCGUCUGUGAUAUUCACAGGAAUCUAUGGAUACGCCAUCGCUGCAGCAUGGUUAGCUCUGGGGCUCCUCUUACUCCUGUUCGCUUGCUGCAAAUGCAUCUGCGGGCCGAGGGAGCAUUUCAAGCGGCCUCGCUCCAGAGCCUUCUACUGGACCCCUCGCAUCAUCGUCUUUCUCCUCUCUGCAGUUGCAAUUGGCGCCAGCGUGAUCUUGCUCAUCGCCAGCCGGAAGUUUAAUUCGCAGGUCUACAACGUACAGGACGUUAUUGUGGGCGCAGCUCAGAAUGCAACUGACAACAUCCGCAAUGUAUCAGCUUCACUCCAUGCUGUGAAGGACAUCGUGCUGCCUUACAAUCAACCCUUGUACCAAACCCUAAACAGAACGGAAACGAAGCUGGACAGCCUCGCCCUUGUUGUGAGUGAAAAAGUUUUCGUCAACAAGAAGACCUACCAGAAGGUCUUCAAAAUUGUAGAAGUGGUGUUGAUCGUGGUGACGUCGUUAAAUCUGCUGCUCAUUAUCCUUGGAUUCGCAUCAACUUUUCUAAGGUGGAGGCGCAUCUUCUACUUAAUUAUAGUGGUCACGUGGAUUUUCAUUGCCUUGACUUGGGUCAUGUUUGGGUUCUUCUUCACGGUUCAUUUUAUUGCUGACGACACCUGCUUAGCUUUCAAACAAUACCUCCAAAACCCCGAGAACACAACUCUCGAUGAAUUACUUCCCUGCGCGGAUUUGGCUUCGAGCUCCACGCAAUACUUGCAAGUGCGAGAGGCUAUGAAAAGUGUCAUCACUUCGGCGACUGAGCAAUUCCUUUACUACGCCAAUGGAUCGUCUGGGCUUAUAGGGGUUUGUGAUCCGAUUGGUCCGCCUCCCGAUUACACCUACACUGGUAUCUGUGAAAAUGACACUUUACCAAUCGGUGAACUCUCCAAUAUUGUCAAGCCUUUCGUAUGUAACCAAACGCAAGAUGCUUGUUUAGCAACAGGCGUACCAUUUUACGUCAACCAAUCCACUUAUGAUGGAAUUGUUGCCAUCAGCCAAGCCUCUCAAGGUACUCUGGACGCUUUUCCAGUCAUGGAAAGCCUCACCAACUGUUCCCUAGUGAAGGACCCCAUCAGUACGAUGGUGCGAGUGCGGUGUGGCCCUGCAAAGUUAGCCAUCAACCGCAUCUGGAUUUGUUUCGCUGUCUUGUCUUCAAUCAUGGUCCUGCUCAUCAUUUUCUGGUGUGUGGCUAACCGGCGUAACAUACAGCAACGCUAUGUCACUACCAUCAUGCCACAAGAGCAGUCCUUCAACGUUCAACAGCCGUUUCAUUUAAUGGAAAAAGAUCACGUUAGUUUGUGAAUACAGUCAAAAAUAACCAAUCCCAUUGGCAUUGCUAGCUGCAAUGAGUUCAAGCGGGGAAAACUCGAGAGAUGUCUUUACCAGAACGGAGGGUGCUUUAAAGUGUGCACAUCCAUUGCAUUGAAGGACAGGUUCGUCAUUGUGAGAAUUGGUAGAGCGCAUAGUCAACUGUAGCAAAGUGAAGACACAAAUGAGAGUAAAUUGCGGGAAUUAGGAGUUUGAAAGCGUGGAGUUAAUUUAAGAAUAGAAAGAAUGGUCUAAAAUAGGCCUCACCGUAUCACGGGAAAAUUUCCUAGCAACUAACCAGCACACGUGUCCUGGCUUGCCGUUGUACUCACAAGAUCGAUCAUUCCGCAACCGUUCAAAGAACUCAUCUGUAAUGUCUCUAUAAACAAAAGUAGCAGGGUGGGAGCCUCCUCGUGACCAGUCGGUGUAGGUCAGACCUCUACCCGCAAGUUUGUCACCGUUUGUAAUAGAUAACAUCGUCUGAAUGUAAUGCUCAUCGAUAUAGCAA